AUGUCACACCAAAACCUACCAGACAUUGGUAUGGCAGAGUCGGAUGGAGAAGAAUAUGGAUUUUUCGCACAUAACCGGCUUGUCAAGGUCUGCGCUGGACUGGACGGAUUCACCCUGAGUAGUGAAUCUGAUAAGGCAUCCUUACUACGCACGCUAAAGGAAUCUGCAUCUUCAUUUCCCCCCAAAUUCGUCUCUUAUCGUGUUCUUCAAUGUCUUGCCUCUGCGUUUGAGUUCGGUGCCUCUGCACCAACCAUCGUCCCUCUCGUCCUCCGAUUCGGAAAGAAUGUUGCAUCCGACAACUAUGGCUCAGUCGUCGUGGCACCCCUCGUCACACUUUUUACGAGUGCCGACCGUGGCACACGCAUUGCGCUUCUCGAUAGUCUCCCCGAGUUUGUCGAGAAACUGGAUAAGAAAACAGUUGUUGAUAAGAUUUGGCUCAGCCAUCAUCUGGGAAGCUACUGUCCGCACUAUCGUUCCACUUUCCCCCAAGGUAUCCCAAGGUAUGUUGACCUUGAAGGUGCGACCAAUGUCGCUAAUGCUCAAGUUAUCCGACCGAGUACUCAACAACGACCUCCUCCGCCAUCUCGCCCGCCUCCAGUCAGACCCAGAGUUUCCAUCCGCACUAAUACAUGUAUCCUUAUUGACCGGCUGGGAAUUUCGCUAGGAUAUAAUACCAAACGGAAAGUUCUCGUCUCUGCAUUCAGCAUGGCGCUGAAGGAUUUGUUCGUCCACGCCCACGUGGCAGGCGUUAUGGCGUUCAUGGCAACCGCGGAGUGCUUCGAGAUUGAGGGCGUGGUCAGUAAAGCCGUUCCGGCUAUUGUAGGCGCUACGCUGGAUAAAGAAAAACUGGUUCGUGAUCAGGCAUUCAAAGCUGUCGAGCUUUUUAUCAAGCGUUUAGAAGCUCACGCUUCGACUAUGCCAGAGACAGCAUCCACAGAAGACGGCAGGGAAGAUCCACCCGCGAGGCUUCCAGGUGCAUACACACAGGCUGGCCCUGUGAACUCUGCGACGAGCACUGCAGCCGCUCUCACAGGAUCUGUCGCUCAGCUUGCCCCCGCUGACAUGCAAACAAUAAUCUCAAGUACCAUCAAAGGAUCAACACUAGCACCAACCAUCAAUGGUAGCGCCAGUCCUUUGCCUGUGACACCUGUUUCUCCCUCCGCAAAUCCAGUUACCAACGAGGCAGGGCAGGGUAGUAGUCGUUCGUGGAAUGACGAUUUGAUUGAUAUCAAUGCCGAUGAAGAGGAUUGGAACGCGUUCGAGCCUGCUGUAGAAUCAAAACUAGGGAGUACCAUCGAUGGUCUAUCGCUGCGGUCCGGUUCUCCAACUUCAGAUGAAUGGGGCGCAAUGGCAUCAUCGUCUCGACCUACAAAUCGCUCGCCUACAUCACGUCCCUCCCAGAUCUCACGCACGCUCUCACCACAACCCCGCAGACCCAUCCACUCGAUCAACGCCCAUAUCAUCCCUAGUAUGGCUGGGAUGUCUAAGGAGGAGAAGGCGGAUGAGAUGGCCAGGAGGAAGGAGGAGAGACUUUUGGAACAGAAAAAGAACGCGGCUGCUGCUGCCGGAAAGGUCUGAGUAUAAUAGCGUUGUGAACACUCGUGCUUAUGCGAUGGUGCGCUGAGUGACUGGGAGAGUU